GAGAGUUUGGCGGGUUAACACGACGACGAUUGGCCGGUCUAGCCCUUUCGUAGUCAAUGCCCGCCGCGAGCCGUCCGCUGGAGAGUGUCGGUCCGAUUUUUCCCACGGAAAACACCACUUCCCGUAGGUCCAUCGUCAUUGUACGCAUCGUCGUAGCGGCGCAGUAGGAAGUCCCACGGAAUCCGCACUUUAAGAGCAGGAUUUGUAAAAGAUGAGUUCGAGUGCGUGUUACAAAUGUAACCGUAUGGGUCACUUUGCACGGGAGUGCCCACAAGGCGGAGGUGGAGGCAGAGGAGAUCGUGGACGCGACAGAGACGGCGGCUUUGGACGCGGCCGAGAGAAGUGCUUCAAAUGCAAUCAAUUUGGACACUUUGCACGCGAGUGCAAAGAGGAUCAGGACCUUUGCUAUCGUUGCAAUGGUGUUGGACACAUUGCUAAAGACUGUCAACAGGGACCGGAGUUGAGUUGUUACAAUUGCAACAAGACUGGUCACAUGGCGCGCAGCUGCCCGGAGGGCGGCAACGAUUCCGGCCGCUUUGCGAUGCAGAGCUGCUAUAAUUGCAACAAGACGGGCCAUAUCGCCCGCAACUGCACCGAGGCCGGUGGCAAGACUUGCUACAUCUGCGGCAAAACCGGUCACAUAAGCCGCGAAUGCGAUCAAGAUGACAGGAAGUAGGAGACAACCGGAAUCCGUGCCGCUCGCUUAACGAUAACGAUAAGCCGUUUACCAUCGCGCGCGCCACUACCGGGAAUUGUAGCUAGGUAGGGAUGAUGCGGACGUAUGUUUCGUUGACUCAUACAAUUCGCAGAGGACGCGUGUCGCCGACGUCGUCAUCGUCGCCGCUGUAAGCGUCGCCGUUGUCGUCGUCAUCGUCAUCGUAAUCGUUCGGAUUGCCACCAUAUACCGUGCUCCCAAUUCCCGGAGGCCAGCCCUAGCCCUCCUCGUCCUUUAUUCCCAAAUCUCCUUCCCCUCUCUGCCCACCGUUGUUCUCUUCGCAAGGAUUUUUUUUCUUAAUGAUGUCUUUAAGUUUUUAUUGCUGUUACACCGACAUACAUCAACACAUAUACAUUGUAUUGCUACGUGUGAAUGAGCGCAGGGUUCAUCUCCUACGACACAUUUAACAUUUACAUGAUACACACUUUCUACACAAAGCAUACAUAUACACACCUAUAUAAUAAUAUUAUGAACAUUCGAUUGGAUUAGAAUGUAGAGACAUGAGUCCUCUGUCCCCUGACCUUCGAACUGUCUCGUAUGCGCAUUGUUUUCCGAUGCAAGAUGUAUGGAUCUUCGGGGAACUCCGACAACAGUUAGUCUCGCGAUAUUCGAUGCGUAUCUUCGACGAUUUUUACGCAAUUCAAGUAUAAUAUGCGCAAGAUUUUCUCUUUUACGCGUUUCCUCGCAUUUGUUCGAACCAAGCAAAUUUUACGAAACGACUAAUAUGACGAACACAUGAGAAAAGAAAAGAAAAGAGUAGACUGAUACUCGGCGCUCGGGUAGAUCAAGAGGAAUAUUUUGUUUUUCUUUUUUUUUCUUUUUUUUACAUUGACACGGUUUACGAACAAGUAGUCACACAAGAAGGCACAGGCUCACGUCGUAACAGUUUUCGCAUCCACGCAUCUUGUAUUCUCCGGUCCUCCCUCUCGAACUCUCUAGCCGACACUCAUAAAUCGACAAAAGAAGGAAAGGAAAAAUGAAUUCGGAAAGCGAAAGCGAGAAAUGGAAGAAGCGAGAACACAUGCCGGCCCUGAAUGCAUAAAAAUAAGAUUUAGUAACGCUAAUUUUUAAUGUGUAAGGAUGUAAUGAGGAUUCUCGCCGAGCUGUUACUAUAUGUACGUCAUUUUUGCGUUUUUAUUUUCUUUUUUUUUUUUCAUUUUUUUUCUUUUUUUUCGUUUUUUGUUUUAUCACUUUUCUUUCAUUAUUUUCUUCCAUAUACCGGACUCGUCUAGUUCCGUGACAAAGCGAUAUAUAGUUGUAGGAUUGUCAGUGUUUACGGGUUUAUAUACAGUUAUACCGGAUCUUUUACUCGCCCACCCCGACUUCGACGAAGUAGGGCGAAAGAGAGAGAGAAGACGUGCGCUUUUCUCGCGCAGUUUCACCAAGCGUAAAGGGAACGAAACGCGAUUUGCGAUUUAAUACCAGUAUGACACGUUCGAAACGAUUGCUACAUCACGAUAUGUAUGUGUAUAUAUACAUAUAAACACGGUAGUCUGUACAAGUUGGUACAUUUUGUACGUACAAUCAUAUAAUUGUUAAUAACAUAGACUCAUAUUGUUCAUACUAUCGCCGUUCAUGGACAUUCGCUGUUGAUGAACAUGUGACGAACAGAAGAGGAGCCCUUUCCUCCUUUCCGGAGGAGAGGGUGUACCAACCUUACUAUAUCCUUACAUGUUGCUGAAAAUACUUCGUUACUAGGUAUAUGUAUAUAUAUAUGCGCAUAUGUGUAUACAUAUAUUUAUGCAUAUGUGCAGGAGCUGUAUUUUGUACUGUAAAAAGCUAGCUUAUACUCUGGUCGUUGCUGGUGACUAAUUCCGAUGAUACGAUUCUUCUUUGUAUUGCCAUGAGAAAAUUAUAUUUUUCAUGUAUAGAGAACAUGUUGCUGAGGUCGAUAUAUAUACUUUCUUUUCCUAUACGUAACUCAUAAGUUAUGUAGGAGCAAAAUUUGUAGAUACGGUCGAAAGAAACAAGGGGAAAAUCUAAAAAAAUUAUCGCGAUGGAUUCGAGGGAAAAAAAAGACUAUCCCCCUGCUGCGGGGAUGACCACUUAUAUGACCACAUAUACUCUACGCGAGUACAAAGCGAGAUUUUUCUUAAAAGAAAAAAAAAGAGACUCGUGCGCGCGAAAUUAUGUUAAAGAGAGAGAGAUAGAGCCGCGACUCGUCCGAUCGCGGCGCGCAGUGUUCAUAAAGUAAAAAUAAAUAAAAAAAAAACGAAAUUAGAAUAAGAGACACACGAUUAGAUUCCCGACUACUUUUUCCAAACAAUGCCGGACCACGUUUACAGUAGAGCGCGACACACGCGGUAUCAAUUCAAUCAUCCAAAAGCCGGGAUAUAGCGAGAGAUUUUUGAUUCAGAUCCGAAGGACUGAUGCGCGCGGAUGCAUCCAGUGGUUUUACCAGCAGCGACAAUUGUGUAUUAACGUUCAGAAGCCAGGCGUGCCUGACUAUCUCGAUGGAAGAAGAGACCCGGGCGGGUCCGUCGUCGCGGCCUGUCACGUGGGAGCGUCGACGGGGCGCUCGGGGAACGGGGGGGGUAUUUCGUAUAGUAAACCCAGGUGUCCUGCAACACACAAUUUUAUACACUUAACACACACUGUUCGGGACUUAAUUAAAGCCGGAUCUCAUUGCGUAGUUUCGGUAUGCUAGUGCUCACACGACUCGGAGAGGAUCAGACAAAUUGUACUUCGCGCUAUUAUCGGACUUCGCGGCCUCUGGUGCUAUCGCCCCGGCGCACGGACCAAGUCCUCGGCGAGUGGACGUCGAAAGAUUGGAAUAUCCUUCGCGUUUUAUAUUUAAGGAUUUCUUAUUUGGCAAUUUAGAACCGGACGUUUAAAUCAGGACGUUUGAAUUCUCUCGAUGGAAUCGAAGACAACGAUGUUUACGAAGUUGUUCCAAUUUUUCGGAUGCUUUUAAGUUAAGGCUUCCCAGAGGCGUUGCUUUUUUGUAUUUGUCUGGCUGAGAAUAUUUGUAAGAUUUAACGCGGUCGAGUACACAUCACACACGAGUAAGAAUAACAGUUCGAAUGAGGUAGGAUAAAAUUGUGGUAAAAUCGAUUCCCUCCGUGACACAGUCUCCGGAUUCGCUGGCGGCACCAGGGGUACGAACGAGAGCAUAUAAUACGAGUAAUUAUUAUAAAGAAAAAAAAAAUACGAGUGCGAUUAGGGCACCUGCGCUUUUGUCUCUGCUACAAGACUUACGUACGAAUAUUGUAAAGAAUACGACUGUUACAGUGUAUGAAUUUAAUUCGACCGGCGGCGCACGCCGGGUCCACGGCUCGACUUAUAUAUUAAACUAAUCUAUUAAUACUUAAAAAGAAAGGAAACGAGAGAGAGAGAGCGACAGAGAGAAAGAAAGAAGAAGACAAGGAGGAUGAAGAGGAA